UCAAUUCGUGAAGGAAUCUUACUCCAGGUAUUCUGGUUAAAAGUAUCAGGAAUAUUACCAAUUUCCACUAAGAACGGUCAUCUUCAAGUCAUUUCGAAAACCCCCGAACGUGCCUUCUUGAUAAUUGUUCUUCUCAUUUCCAGUGUAACAUUAAUAUACUUUUCGAUUUAUUGUGCCAAUAACAAUGUCGAUUUAACAUUUUACAAUUACCCCAUUACUUCUACAAAAUACGAGCAAUAUGGAACUGCUAGUGCUGGUUUAUCUCAAGUUAUUGCUAACUUAUUGUUUUAUUAUAGAAAAGACCCAUUGGUCAAAAUGAUAAAUCGAAUUUUAAAAUUCGAUGAAAAGUGUAAUUUUGAUGUUGGAGAAAUAAGUGGUAUCAAUGACGUAACAUUCCGUGUUUUCAUUGUGUAUCUUGUGAUAUGUUUAAUAUGUACUUUAAAUAUGAUUUAUGUAUACACUUCGGUGGGAAUUUUACACAAAUUCUAUGUACUUCAAUCGGUCGUUUAUGAAUUGCAAUUAAUUUUCGGGGGAUUAAUUCAAAUAUUUAUCACGUCACUUAUGCUUUUACUUAAGAAGAGACUAAUUUACAUCAAUGAAGAAAUCGAAAAAUCUUUAAAUUUACAUGAAAUACAUUAUUUAAAAAAGUUACUUGAAGAUAGAAGUGAAAUUUUGUCCUUAUGCGAAGUGAAUUUAAGUUCACUUUUUGGAAUUCCCUUAAUGUUUAUUUUUGGAUGUGCGGUUUUGCAUGGAGCAUCUGGACCUUACUAUGCUGUUUAUAUGCUUGGUGUAAACACGUCUUCGAAACUUAAGGAUUUUUUGUAUAUUAUUAUAAAUAUUGGUAUUUUAUCUAUGGUACAGUAUAUGCUGUUUCCGUGUUUGAUAUUUGUUCAGGAUUUAACAGAAGAGGCAAAUAAGACAGCAAGAAUUCUUUCAAGGAUAUCAAGAAGAGGGACUGAUAUUGAAAAAAUGGUUGACAAAUUUUUGAUGAAAAAUUUACAGCAGAGACCAAUUCUUACGGCUUAUGGCUUUUUUCCACUAAACAAGCGAACCCUAUUCAAGAUUUUUGCUGCAAUAUUUACUUAUAUGGUGAUCCUUAUUCAAUUUAAGGAUAUGGAAAAUACUAAUAAGAAGCUUGUUGGUACAAAAACUACUACCCUGUAGCUUUGUAAUGAAUGGAAACUCGAGUGUUUAAGCCACGAUUUUAAUAGAUUUAUUUUCAACUUAUUAUUUUAAAAAUAUAGA